UUUGUCCGCCACGCCUUCUUCACACCAUCUCUCUGGUCCACACUCCCCGCCCUCACCCUCUCAAGUCUCAACUCUUCUUCCUCGUUCUUUCCCUUCUCUCUCUCUCUGUUUUUUGUUCUUCUUACAUAUACAGACAAUUAGACCCAAAAGACGCCUCUCCCUCGAUCCUUCUCCCAUUUCCUCCGGCCCCUUCUUCUUCCUCUCCUCCCGGAUUCCCCAAAUCCCAAUUUUACCCCCUUGUUCCCGGGAUUCCGGCCGGCGAUUACAGCUCUGUUUAAUUCAACACAGUUGGUGAGUUACCCGGAUCGUUCAUCAUGCCCUUCUGUGAGAUUUCCAAGUAUCGCCAGGAUUCCCCCUCCCCCGCCGGCGCCGACGACAAUGGCGUCAAGAUUUUUUACAGGACGUACGGUCGCGGACCAACCAAAGUUCUUCUCAUCAUUGGAUUGGCGGGGACGCAUGAUUCCUGGGGUCCUCAGAUGAAGAGCCUCGCCGGUACUGUCAUCCCCAAUAACGAAACGGAGCCGGUUGACCUUGCCGGCGACGGCGAUGGUAUUGAGGUUUGUGCUUUUGAUAAUCGUGGAAUGGGUCAGAGCUCCAUCCCCGUUGAACGAGGCCAAUAUACGACGACAAUAAUGGCGAAAGAUGCUAUUGCGUUAAUGGAUCAUCUAGGCUGGGAAAAAGCUCACGUCUUUGGUCACUCAAUGGGGGCUAUGAUAUCUUGCAAAUUGGCUGCAAUGGUGCCAAAGCGAGUCCUUUCGUUGGCAUUGCUUAACACGACCGGUGGAGGAUAUGAAUGCUUACCAAAGCUUGACCGCCGAACAAUGUCGGUAGCAAUCCGAUUCUUGAAGGCAAAGACUCCAGAACAAAGAGCUGCUGUUGAUCUGGACACCCAUUACACCAAGGAAUAUCUGGACGAAUGCAUUGGCUCCACCACUCGACGACAGAUUCUGUAUCAAGAGUAUGUUAAAGGUAUAUCAUCUACUGGGAUGCAGUUGAAGUACGGGUUUGAUGGUCAAAUCAACGCAUGUUGGACACAUAAGGUGACAAAAUCAGAUGUAGAAGCAAUCCGGAGUGGUGGUUUUCUCGUAUCAGUCAUUCACGGCAGGUGAGAAAUGGCGUUCUCUCUCUCUUUGUCUACCUCUGGUAGCAAUGGGGUUUUAUGUGCUUGUUCCUACCUACAACCAAACUGCUCCAAGGUUGUACCAGUGGAAAGGAGAUAAUCAUAUAAUCAUAAACAUAUGGCAACUACGAUUACUUAAAACACGAAAUUCAGCUACUGAGGACUUCAGACAUAACAAGAAGAUCAUACUAUGCGUUUACUGCAAGUUCUAUUUUCUAUUGCUUGUGAACACUGAACUCUGAAGGUUAGGUUUUCAUGUGUGGGUCAGCUUGCAGAACUACUUGUCAGUAUGUAAACACUAAGCGUACGUGUACCUGCUUAAAGACUAAUCCAUGGACCUAUAAAUGAUAUAGGUACGACAUCAUCGCACAAAUAUAUUACGCAAGGAGACUCGCUGAGAAGUUGCAUCCAAUUGCUAGGAUGGUUGAUCUCCAUGGUGGCCAUCUAGUGAGUCAUGAGAGGACUGAAGAGGUGAACCAAGCUCUUGCUGAGUUGAUCAAGGCUUCACAAGCAGGAACCAGCCCCGAGGACUGGACAAACAUAGUCCAGGAACGCUCCGGGUGGUUGGUGGGGAGGAAAUCAGCAGAUAGGAAAAAGAGUAAAGAAGGUCGGGUAGCCGAAUCCCGGUCAACAUCAUCUGGCAUCUUUACAACGAGACUAUAUGCGUCCCUUGUAUAUUUACUCAGUCUAUUUGUGUUGGCAUUUGAAUCCAUGAGGAAAGCUCAUAGAAGCCUAAGACCAGCCAAAGUUGGAUCUUCCCUCACGUAACAGAGCUUGACAAGCCAAAUGAGACCCCUCUUUCCAAAUAUUUUUAACCUUCCAGGAGGGGUUUAAAACCGGAACCUGUGUUGUUUUUGCUUGGACAACUCGUGAGUUUAUCGGGUGGUUAGUCCGGAAACAGAGGAUGAGAAGAAGGAAUGGGAAGAGGUGAUGGAAUGGAGCUAUGGUCUGAUGCUUCAAGCCAUCAGUGAAUGCAGAGAUCAGAUGUAAAGCUCCGACGCCCUCCACUUUGUGUACAUAAAUUGAAACACAGUGACGAGAGAGGUACAAGAUGGGAAAGCAGAGGAAUGUACAUGCAAAGUUGAAACUUGUGGAAGACAUUGACAGAACACUCCCUGUGUUAUGUACUGCUGAAUUUUUGUGUGAAAGAAUUAAAUGAAACAACUAUAUGUAUCUGAUCAUUUUGUGGGACGCAUCAAGCAUAUGUUUAUCUGAGUGAAUCGACUGUGUAUUCCUUUUCGAUGGUGGAAGAACAUCUGUGAAGCGUUUGGUUAAUCAGAUUGAUUCCACAACCAAUAUCUGAAAUGCUUUCUACACUCUGUUAGCUUCAAAGCCUGUUUCAUCUGACCGCAGAUAAAAAAAAAGCCACAACUUAGCAACUAGUACGUUUAGAGGACAAGAGAAAACUAAAUUCUUCGCUGGGAUUCGGAGGGAAAUCG